UCCUCCAUUUUGAGCCCUUGUUCUUUGAUGGAAUAAUUAGCCACGUCUGUGUUUGGCGAUAGUGGGCAAAGUUUAUUGUUACCGUCGGCAAAUAACGCCAUCUGUGAGGCACUGUCUCUUCUACAAUUUAGGUGCCCCGUGAAGGCACCCUUCCCACUGAGGGCGGUAUCAACGUGGGAAAUACUGAAAUGGUUGACACAAAGGAACCAAGCAAAGACACUAUUCUCGCUGACCGCGAUGUCAUCGUGGGUGAUGUUGACAUUCUUAAGACAGAGGAUGAACGCAGUCCUCCCUUGCAGCUGUCGUUCAGGCGUACCACAUCUGAUGAGGAACCAUGUGAAGGCACACUUCCCGUUGAGAACGACGACAUCCUGGAUAAUACUGACGCGGUUGACGCAGAGGCACCAAGUGAAAAUGGCCCUCCCCCAGAGUCGUCAUUCUGCGGCAUCUUUGGCAGCAAUGAAAUAAUUUUGAAAAAGGAACCAAGCAAAGACACUAUUCUCGCUGACCGCGAUGUCAUCGUGGGUGAUGUUGACAUUCUUAAGACAGAGGAUGAACGCAGUCCUCCCUUGCAGCUGUCGUUCAGGCGUACCACAUCUGAUGAGGAACCAUGUGAAGGCACACUUCCCGUUGAGAACGACGACAUCCUGGAUAAUACUGACGCGGUUGACGCAGAGGCACCAAGUGAAAAUGGCCCUCCCCCAGAGUCGUCAUUCUGCGGCAUCUUUGGCAGCAAUGAAAUAAUUUUGAAAAAGGCGGCGUACCUGUCCAAGCACUCGUCGACCCUGGAGCCCAAGUGUCUGUAA